GGCCGGGCCAUCAGUCACUCCCUGGAGCCAGCCCCGCUCCCUCUCCCCGGCCGCCCGCGGCCGCCUGGCUCACUCGGAGCCGCUCGCUCCUGCAGGCGCGCUGGCCCCGCGGGCUCCGAUGCACCUGUAGCCGCCCCCCGGCAGCGGGGCCCCCUGGGGCCAGUCAGUGCCCCGCCUGAUCCGCCAGGCGGGGCCCGAUCCUUGGAUUUACCUCCCCACGGACUGCGGAGCCGGGCUCCUGCGCUGCCUUCGGGGGACUCCGAGGGCCGAGGGGUCCGUGCCCUGCAUCCCGCCAGCCCAGCGCUCGGAGCUACCAUGCGAGUGCCCCGGACUGCGGGCGCUGCCGGAGGGAGGGGGCAGCUGCCGGCCAGGAGCCCUGGACACCAGCGCUAGGGGACCCCCACACUCCGGCUCGGCAUCAUGAGAGCCCCCCGGGAGACCCUGCACCUCCUGCUGGCUACAGCCCUGCUGCUGAUCGGCUGCGCAGCUAAGGCACCACAGCCCCAGACGAAGGGGACCCACCCGCUGGGGGAAGUGAUGCAGUGGAUGGAGGUUUAUAACCGCAGCUUCUGCCAGCCGAAGGAGAUGCUGGUGCCCGUGAGCGAGGAGCACCCGGCCGAGGUGGAGCACCUGCUGGCACCCUCCUGCGUGCCCCUGCGUCGCUGCGCUGGGUGCUGUGCCGACGAGGGGCUGCAGUGUGUGCCUACCCGCAUGCAUGUGGUGGUGAUGGAGGUGAUGAAAACCCGCUACCUGCACAGCCACCUGGGCCAGCUGGCCUUCGUGGAGCACAGUGCCUGUGAAUGCAGACCAAAGACAAAUAGCAAAGUAAAUCCAGAAAGGCCUGUGCGGCCCAAGGGGAAAAACAGCAUUGGACGCAAACACAAAAAGAAGAGACCCCCUGAACAGGACUCCCCCCACCUGCCCUCCUGCCCACCCUGCUCAGACAAACGGAGGCGCCAGGAUCCUCAGACAUGCCAGUGCCGCUGCCGGCGCAGGUCCCAGCACUGCCAGGACCGGGGCUUGGAGCUCAAUGAGCACUCAUGCAGGUGCGAGAAGCUGCGCAGAUGAUCUGACGGGGGAGGGGGGUGACCUGGGACCAGCCUCUCCCCCCCCACCCCAGCCCAGCUCUUCAUUGGAUCCAGGACAAGACUCUGGCCCUGAGUGCCCCCUGCUGGAGAGGAGCCCAAGGAAGACGAGCAAGGCUGCCCAGGAAUGGACCUGAUGAGAGGACUCUUGGGACCAUGUUGGGGGGUCAGACCCCAUUAUCCACUGCCUGGACAGGACCUGUCAGGAGGGGCUGCAUCUUGCACGGCCUCUCGUGGACCGGGGCAGCCAGAUCCCGGAUUUCAGGGCCCGUCCAGGAUUGGGGACCAGAUCCUGAGGCCCCUCCAGGACUCUGGCUCCCAGAUUCCUUUGAUGCCCACCAAGGCCGCCCCAGCUCUGCUGGCCAGACUCUCAUCCCCUCGUCAUUAUUUAAAGUUCCACACACACCCCUCACUGCCCCGCUCAUCCCCAAACCCCUUUAAUUUAAUACUUGUCCUCACCUUCCUCUCCAUCCCCCCCGGAUCAAACCCCGUUUCCCUGCCGGAGCCAAGGGGAGGCUGGGCACCAGCUCGAGGACCCUCCCGGGGCACGUCCUGCUGCUGUAACUGCCCGCACAGUGGUAUCCGGCUCUAAAGCUAUUAAAUGGAUGAGACAUGA